AUGCUAAGACGAGCAAUUUUUUUUUUCAACAGAAACAUGAGUGCAAGCAAUUCCUCUAAUGAUAUCACAGCUGACCCCCUCGGACGAAGCGAUGUCCAAAUCGGGUUUGAAGUCGCCUUCGCUGUGUUGAUCUGUCUGAUCAGCUUUAUUGGAAAUUCCUUGGUUGUUUACGCCAUUCACCGCGAUCGCAGACUUGACACCAUAACGAAUAUGUUGAUUGAAAAUCUUGCGUUCAGCGAUAUUCUUAUGGCGUUGCUGCAUAUGCCAUUUUGGAUCGUAAGUCUUCGAUAUGGAAAAUGGAUCUUUGGUCACGUGCUUUGUCAGAUGGUUGGGGUCACACAACUCAUUUUUGGAAUUGUGUCACUGUUGACAAUGACAGGAAUUGCCAUCAAUCGUUACUUCAAGGUCGUCAAACGCAAACUGUAUAUUAAGUUCUUCUCCAACAGGAAAGCAACAUACGCGGUUAUUGCGUUUUGUUGGUUCGCAUCUACUGCUGUAAACACACCGCAAUUGUACGGCUGGGGAAAAAUUGACUAUCACGUCAAUUUCUCCGAUUGCACCUGCGUCUGGGCUUUGGAUGAUGUAUCAUUCAUCGUAUUUUUGUGCGCUGCUACAAUCUUCAUUCCAGCCACAAUCAUAUUCAGCUGCUACUUUGUGAUUUACAGAACUGUCCGUGAGAGCGCACGUCGUGUACACGGGCACGCAGCCUUACCGAACGCCACCAAAACCGAAGACAAGACCGAAAACAAAGUUUUGAAAACAUCGCUAGUGGUGGUUUGUGUCUACAUGGUUUGUUGGACCCCUCUGUCAGUAAUUGGCUUCAUAGAGGUUUUCGGAUCAAGAAGUCCACGAAUAUUUUAUUACCUGGCUUACGUCCUCGUCUACUGCAGUAAUAUGACGAACCCGUUCAUUUACGGGAUAAUGAACCCCCAGUUCAAGAACGCAUUUGCUUGUAUACUUCAACUACGGGAUUCUACCGCUAGUGAAGCCGAAAGAGUGUCGGUAUCGCGAAAUAUAGCUUCUAACGUGGACCUGGCAGAAACGUAUAUUUCAACUGCACAAGCAGUGCCUGUGUAA